UAGAUUAGAGUGACCCAACCACAAAACAGAUUUCCAAAACAAAAACUAUUGUGGGGCGUAAAAAUAUAAAUAUUUACUUCUGAACGAACAGAUUUGUAUUUUAAUAUAGAUUAUUUUUAACCUACUAAAAAUAUAAUGGACAGCUCCAAUGGAAUUCACUACAUUGAGCUGUCUCCGAACCCCAUCAGGUUUGACGCCGUCAGCCAGCUGACUAAUGUUUUCUUUGACGAUUCCAAUAAACAGAUCUUUGCGGUUAGAUCCGGCGGGGCCACAGGAGUGGUUGUGAAAGGACCCGGCCCCACCGAGGACACCGUCAUAUCCUUUUGCAUGAACGACCGUGGCGGGUCCAUUCGUUCCAUUAAAUUCUCGCCGGACAACCAAAUCCUGGCAGUUCAGCGAAAGGAGAAUGCCGUGGAGUUCAUCUGCUUCCAGGGCGACCAGCCUCUGCUGCAGGACAUAAUCACCCACCAGGUGAAGACCAAUAUCUACGGCUUCGUCUGGGUCCACAGCCGCGAGGUGGCCCUGAUUUCGAAUACGGGCGUGGAGGUGUUCUCCAUCGUGCCGGAGAAGCGACAGGUGCGCUCUGUGAAGUCCCUGAGCAUUGGCAUCAAGUGGUUCGCCUGGUGCUGCGACGCCCAUGUGGCUCUGCUCUGCACCAGCGAGGGAAACGCCCUCAUUCCGGUUCUCGUAAAGCAGAAGGUCAUCACGAAGCUGCCCAAAGUAGACUUGGGAACUCCCAAUCGCGAGGUGGAAGAGAGCAAAGUUACCCUAGGGCAGGUGUACGGAGUCUUGGCGGUGCUCAUCCUGCAGCCCAAUCCUCUCACUUUUCAGAUGGAAGUAGAGGUCCACCUUCUGAAUGGUCCCGGCUUGGCCCCGCGAAAGUGUCACGUACUCCGAUUGAGUCUCAUGGGCCGCUUUGCCAUCAACACGGUGGAUAACCUGUUUGUGGUGCACCACCAAUCCACGGGCACCUCCCUCCUCUUCGACAUCGCCCUCCCCGGCGAGGUCAUCAACGAUGUCACCUACCAUGCUCCCAUCACCCCAGGCCGUUCCAUCAAACCCUUUGCCCUGAAGCUGCCCUCUCUGUCGCCGGAUGGACAAAUCCUGCAGUGCGAGUUGUAUUCCACCCAUUGGGUGCUAUUCCAGCCGAAUAUUGUGAUUGAUGCCAAAUUGGGAUGCAUGUGGUACCUGAACCUCUGCAUAGAGCCCCUCUGCCAACUCAUUUCGGAUCGAAUUCGUCUCACGGAGCUACUGCUGCAGCGCAGCAAUGGGAAGCCAGUGCUCUUGAAGGUUCUGGCUCAACUAAUGGAUGACCAGUAUAAGGGAACUCUGAUUCCGGUUCUAGAGACAAUCUUUAACAGGAUUAACAAAAUAUAUGCUUCUUGGGUGCAGCUGGAGCUUCAAAGCCAGACUGCACAGCCGUCGAAUGUAAAAACCUCCAGUGUUAAACAGGCCACCCCGCCCAUCGUCCUCAUUGACCAGUUGGACAUGGUGCAGAUCUUCCAGCGCAUCGCGCACAGGUCCUAUACGGAAGCUAUUCUCAUGAUGUAUCUCCAAUCGUUGAACAAGUUCAACAUUGCCGCCCAGGAGGACCUGAGCAAGAUCAUCAUUACCGAGCUGAUCCAUAACCGGAGCUUCGACACCUUGCGCCGACUGGUCAGCUAUUCCAUGUUGCUGGAGUCCAAGUCGGUGGCUUGCUACUUGCUGGCUAACUCGGAUGUGGAUACAGCUAUUUCUCAAGUGGCCAUUGAUAUGCUGGGCAGGAUUCAGGCGCAUGAGAUCAUUAUUGAGGUCAUGUUGGGCCAAGGAAAAGUUAUUGACGCUCUGAGACUCGCCAAAAAUUCGCUGGGCCUGGAAAAGGUGCCGGCCAGAAAGUUCCUGGAGGCGGCCCACAAAACCAAAGAUGACUUGAUCUUCCACAGCGUUUUCAGAUUCUUCCAAAUGAGAAACUUGAAGCUCUAUGAGACAUUGUCUUUUCCCAAAACCGAACAAUGCACGGAGUUCAUACAGCACUACAACAAUACAUUCAUGACGGAGAGCGCCAUAAAGCCACAGACAGCCUGAGACAUAGCUCGAGAGAUAGUUAGUUCUGUAUAUUUAAGUAGCUAUUGUAAAUACUGCUAAAUUGUAUCAUAUUAAAAAUCCUAUUAUACAAUCCA